AUGUCUCAACAAAGUGGACAACAAAGAAGCAGCCACGGAAGGAGUGGUGGAAGCCGUCGUGAUGGAGGCCAAUCAUCUUCCAAUAGCCAAGGAGGUGAAGGGGGACAAGGAGGUUACCCAGCUUCUGGAUCAAGCAACCAACAACACGAGCAGAUUUUCACAUACCAAACUGCCAGAUUACCAGGGCAACCGGUUCAUGACAUUUCGUCACUGCCACAGGGGUUACAUACUACUGAUGCAGGUGCGAUAACUUACCUCAACGCUACGUCGGACCCCGUAGCUCUCCAAGCCUAUAGACAGCAAGCGUCGAAUCCACCCCCUCCGAAUCCCAACUAUUUGACUCCAAGUCAGUACCCUUAUAGUGGUAGCUCUCAGGGAGCUAACCCUUUACCCUCGUCCAGUUCCGGUGGCUUCGGAAUGUCCGCAGGCCAAGCUUCCAGCAGUCAACAACCAUUGAACAGUGCCAUCGCACCAUCUGUCAAAGAUGGCGAACCGUUCGACAUGUCAUUGUUACCUGUAACAGCAGAUGGCGAUGGCUUCAUUUGUUUUGGAUGUCCUUUGGAAGAAAAGUGUGGUAAAAAGAGGCAUUUUACAUAUACGGAAAUUGCGAUGGUGAAGCAUCUUCGAGAGAAGCAUGGUAUUGAACAGAAAAGGGUGUCUGAACCAUUUGAAUGUCCUCUUUCCAGCUGUGACUUUAUGUGUUGGAGUCAACACGGUUUGAGUGUGCAUACUCAGAGCAGCAAACACAUAUUGUCUACCGAUUCGAUUAAGAAAUCACGAAGGUAG